GGUGAAGUGACGUCAUUUUGCAGAGAGGGACUGACUGAGUGAGCAGCGUGAAAUGCGUGGAAACGGAUAAAAACACGCACAAAUAAAACUGGGAUGUGGGCGAGUCAAUAAGCUGACAGCUCUUCAGAAGACGGGAAAGUCGCCGCUGCGUUUGGAGCCUGAGUCAGAGCGGAGGAGAAAAGAGCCAGGGCAGCAGUCUGUUAGAGGAGGAGAAGGACGCAGUGUGGGCGGGUUAAGAAACGCCGAGAGGGAAGGGAGGGCAUGCCAGCGUAAUAUUCCCACUACUUGUCUUCUUCCUACCGACUGAGGAAAAAGGGGGUAAAAAUAAGGACGUGCGUCUUUCCUACAUUUCAUACCACCCUCCCAAUAACCCACCGAGCGUCAUUUCUCUGCUAGCCUCCGUCUCCAUCUCCAUCCACCUUCAUCCCACAGGCGGAGCUUUGGGUUUGCUGUCAGGAGCCGACUUGAUCUGGAGCGAAGCGGCAGGGGCGUGAGAGGCGGAUGCUGCGAGUGUAGAAGCAGGGUACCAACCACAACGCCAAUAAGCACAAGCCAUGGAUCGAGACAGAGUACCAGGGGAUUGUCAUGGAGAACGACAACACCGUCCUGCUCAAUCCCCCUCUCUUUGCUCUGGACAAAGAUGCUCCACUUCACUAUGCUGGUGAAAUCUGUGGCUUUCGGGUUCAUAAUGGCCCCUCUGGCUCUGGUUCAGUCCAGUUUGAAGCCGUGGUUCUGGAUCGCUCUACCGGUGAGGGUCUGGUCCGGUCAAAAGAUCCACUGGACUGUGAGAGCCAGCGGGAGCACAGCUUUACCAUCCAGGCUUAUGACUGUGGCGAAGGACCUGAUGGAGUCAACAGCAAGAAAUCACACAAGGCCACUGUACAUGUUCGUGUGAACGACGUCAACGAGUUCUCCCCGGUGUUUGUGGAGCGUCGCUACGAGGCUUCAGUCCCAGAGGGCCGUCUGUUUGACAGGAUUGUGCAGGUGGAGGCUCUGGAUGCCGACUGCUCCCCGCAGUACAGCCAGAUCUGCUUCUAUGACAUCAUCACUCCCAAUGUGCCCUUUGCUAUUGACAACGAUGGUAACAUUAAGAAUACAGAGCCUUUGGAUUCCAAGCAGCAGCGUGUUCACACCUUCUGGGUGACCGCCUUUGACUGUGGGAAGAACCGUGCGCAGGCUGAUGCCCAGGUUGUUGUCACGGUUAAGCCGUCCUGCAAACCCGGCUGGACUGGAUGGACAAAGCGUGUGGAGUACACACCCGGAUCAGGCAGCAUUCCCCUGUUCCCCAGCCUGCAUUUGGAGACCUGCGAAGAAACAGUGUGGAACAUCCAGGCCACCGUAGAGCUUCAGACCGGCCAUAUUGGGAAGGGAUGUGACAGAGACAGCUACUCUGACCGAUCUGUUCGCCGACUCUGUGGUGCCGUCAGGGGCGAAGUGGACCUCCUCCCACCUCCGUCUCCGGCAGCCAACUGGACUGCAGCUCUUCCCACUCUCCCCUCUUCUGAUUCUUCUCUGGUCUUCUCUUUUAACGGAUCGAAUCACGUUGCAGUGGUUCCCAACUCAGUUGUGUCCGCUCUGUCAGGUGACCACUUCACCCUCCAGCUGUGGAUGCGUAGGGGUGGCGCCAACAUCCAGCCUUCAACUACUCAGUCCAGAGCAAAUCGCAAGGACGAGGAAACUAUUGUGUGCAGCACAGUAAAGAAUGAUGACUCCUACUCUCAUUAUUCGCUUUCCGUCCACGGCUGCCGCCUUUCCCUCUUCUACUGGCCCGAUGUCUCAGCUGCACGGCCCGUCAAGUUCCUCUGGAAGCUGGAACAGGUGUGUGACAGUGAAUGGCAUCAUCUAUCCCUCAGCGUCCAGUUCCCAUCAGUGACGCUAUAUGUGGAUGGGGUCACCUUUGACCCCGCCCUCAUCCAUGACAACGGAGCCAUCCCGAACCCUGCGCCCCGUCAAAGGAUGAUCAUCGGUGCUUGCUGGGAGCCUGAAGAGAAGCAGAAGGAGAUACUAAACAACACCAUCCCAGAGGGGAAAGACUCAGUGAAGUACGUAGGCGGUUACCAUGGCCUGCUGUCAGGGGUGACGGUGCGUCCUGGCAGUGUGGAGCCUCACAGCGUAGUGGAGUGCCUGUACGCCUGCAGGGAGGGCUUGGACUUUGGCGACCUGGAAACUCUUGGUUCUGGGAUGAAGGUCCACGUAAACCCAAGUCAGUCUGUCCUGGUGCUGGAGGGAGAUGACAUCGAGAGCUUCAACCGGGCUGUUCAGCAGGUCACUUACAGGAAUUCGCUGCGCUUCGCCACCCCUGGAGUCCGUCCCCUCAAGCUCACCACUUCCCUCAGGUGCUUCAAUGAGGAAAGCUGCCUUUCCCUGAAACAGCUGGAGGGUUACCUGGUUGUUCUUCAACCUGAUGCCCCCCAGAUCUCUCUUUCUGGGGUUGGUCCACAUCUGGCCCGUCCGGCCCCUGAGUUUGAAGGACCCCGCGGCGUUCCCCUUUUCCCUGAGCUCCGGAUCGUUUGUUCACUGUCACACGCUGUCAACACGGCUGCACAGGGGAUGGAAGGCGGGGCUCUGAUGUCUGAUGCUGUGGCUCACACUUUGGAUGGAUGUGAGGUGCAACCCCUGGGAGAGGAACUGAAUCCAGAGAGGGAGGAGCUUCUGGUAGACAUGGAUGUUGUGCGAGAACGAGGACUGGAAAUCAUCAAUACUACUGCUUACAUCGCAAUUACAGGUGCUGAAUCCAUCUCUGUUUACGAGGACGUCCUCCGCUCCGUCCGAUACCGCCUGGCCAAAGGCUCUGCUCGCUUCGAGAGGCGGUUCCGCCUGUCAUGCUCUGAGAUGAAUGGCAGAUACACAAGCAAUGAGUUGACUCUGGAGGUGAACUUCCUCCAUUCUUUGGACAGUCUAUACCAACCUUCCCACCUGCUGGCCUCACAGCAGCAGUUUCUCCAUCCAUCUCAUCAUUCUGGAGAGCUGAGUGGGCACACCUUGCCAAACCCACAUCGCAACUCAGUUGUUCCAGGAGCAGCCACUGUCAUUAUUAUGGUCUGCGUGGGUUUCCUGGUUGUCAUGGUGAUCCUUGGCGUCUUCCGAAUUCGCUCCAUCCAUCGCCGAGGUGAAGGCGCCAGGGGCGGGGCUAAGGAGGGCAGCAGCCAAUGGGACGACUCAGCACUCACCAUUAUUGUCAACCCAAUGGAGUCCUAUGAGUCUCGUAUGGGUGUUUCUGCCGACACGGAGGGAGAGGGAGAGGAGGAGGAGGAAGAAGAGGUAGCGGAAUCCCCUGAUGAGGCGAGCGACGACCAGCGGAUCAUCAUCAAGAAAGAGGGCAGAGACGGAAACGCCCGUCGCUACUGAGCCGCACUGUAUCUCUCCAUAAAUCAGCUCCCCAGUCAUACACUCCGACACUUUUAAUAUCAAACUGACGGCACUAGUAUAAGGAAUGUAUGCUUACAAACACUUCGCACAACACAAUCACCGUAAUACUCUUGACGCUCAAAUGCCAUAUGUGACCUAUAGCCGACAACAGGCUGUUGUUCUCCACCUAAAUGUUCAAUGGCACAAUGUAUACAGUUAAUGUAAUUUACCCGCCUAAAUAAACCCCACCAGAAUCGUAUGUGGUGCACUAGUUCUAAAUCCCAAAAUGGUGUCUGUAUAGUGUAAUGCUGGUUGAAAGGGACUGUUUUAUUAUAAAGAAAAAUAUUGAUUGUAUUCUAUCCUUCACUGAAUGAAAAGAAUGAAGCAAAAUGUCAGCGGGAACAAGGCUCUGAGUCGAUUCCUAAGCAAAGACACAAUCCUUGAUCCUGACACAUCUUUUAACCUCUUUAUUAGACUCAAAAAGUCUGUGCACAAGCUCUCUUCUCCCUUUUUGUGUCAUCUAUUCUAUACACCGAGUGAAGGUUAGACAUUAUGCUUGGUAACAUAAAUAUCCAAAAAAAAAAAAAAAACCACCUCUAUCUCCUUGCAGUUUUAUUUCCAUUCAUGUUAUAAAGUGGAUCUGAAAGUUGCAAACAUCCCCUUUUAAAAAAGUGUAUUCAAACCCUUUUCUACCAUUGUCCUAAAAUAAAACUAAAAUAACAAACAAGGUAAUUAAAAGUACAACAAAGUGAGAGAUGUGUAAUAACCUGGUUGGAUAAGGGGUUCACUCCCUUAUCUAAUAAAUUUUCGAAUUUAUUUAUUUUAUUUUAUUUUUCUAAUUUGAUGUCAAAAUUAAGUCAGUCGUAUCUUGAGGCACCUAAAGAUUUUGCUGACAAACAUCUAAAACUGGUUGGAAAACAAUUCCAUCUGGAAAAAGCUCUGCUUGAUUAUAAAUAGCCCCUCCACCAUGCUGCCACCACCAUGUCUCACUGUGGUUUUGGUGUUUCUUUGCCGUUGCACAGUACCAAAAAAAUAAAAUAAAAGUUUUAACCCCAUAUAUUAAACAAUACAUUUAUACAAUUAGAUGCUUUUAAAACUUUUUACAAACUAACGUUUCAUUUGUAUCCAAGGGAAGCACAUAAAAUCUCUCUAUGACAGCUGAGCUUUAUUUCUUAUUUACCAUCAAUAACAGGUAGAGAAGAAAUGUUGAAAUUGAAGUGAAAUGUUGCUCAACAAAGUGUUUUUUUCAGGGUUCAUGAAAGUAACCAGGUUGUCGCAGCUUCUUAGUUUUCCUUGAUUUUAGUCAUUUACAAAAUAAACAACACAGUAAAAAUGUAGAUAAAGAAUGGGAAUAAUCAGGGUCCUAAAAACUUGGCUAUUUUCAAGGGGAUGAACACCUUUGAGAUCCAAUUUAAGACUGAUUUACUUUGCAGUAUUCUGUCUGGAGCUCCAGAUAACCAACCACAGACCUCAGCCUUUCACACAAGCGCUACUUCUGCAAUACUCCAAAAUAAAAGCCUUGAAGUGUCGUGUGGACACUUACAAAUCAGAGUCAUCAAGGAUUCACCCUUGAACGGGAGUCCUCACACCAUUGCAAUUUGUACUAGAGAAUAAGAAAUCAGCACCUUGACCUCUCUGACCUCCCUAUAAAUGACUCGUCAUCGUUUUGCUCGCUAGACACGACGACACUCUAGUGCAAACACACACAAACACAUGCAAACACCAUCUAUAACCCCACACCUCCCAUGCUGUUUCCAGAAUGUCCGCUCAGCUAGGGCAGUUUUGAUUGUAUUGAUUGUAAUGAAUUUUUCUGUACAUACAACAAUGACUAUUGCGAUAUUAUUGUUAUUGCUAUUGUUCUUAUUAUCGCAUUCACUCUUUCUCUUUUUCUGCACAUUUCUGAGAGGGAGCAGAUUAUGAUUUAUUUUUCCAUACAAGGAAUCACCUUUCCAGAAUCAGAAAAUAGUAUAAUGUUGAUACCUAUAAUAAAGAGUAGUAUUAGUGAUAAGGAUGAUCAUCUCUGGCUUGAUGAGUGUAUCCUAAUUUGUGUGUAAUAUUGUUGUAACUUAAGAAUUUGCCAUUAUACGUCACCAAAAUAAGGAGGGCACAUUGUUGUGGAGCUUCAACCUGUCGAGCUCGUUUACUUCCAUCUUGGGGGGGUGGGUUGUUUUCUUCAACAUUUCAAAAUAAAAUGCUUUUUUUUUUUUUUUAUGUUUCUGUUUCCUUCCUUCUCCAUCUGUCAUCUUUGGUUCAGUGAACGUACAACUGUGUGCUUCUCCUCACCUUUCCCUUCCUCCAACCUCCCAGCUUUUCUCCCCCAAUCUCUCCCUCUGUGUCUCUUGCUGUCUGUCUGUGAAGCCUAUUAAUGUGCAGUGCUAUAAGGCUCUCAGUGAAAAAAUAAAGCCUGUUGUUUUGAGUGUCACCUCAAGAAGGAAUAAAAAUUGCAUUGGUUAAAAACUUAUAUUAUUACUACAUUACUAUUUGAACAUUACCUGUAAUUAAUGAUACCAUGCUGACAUGGAUUAUGCUGAGUAAUUGUUAUUGAGAAGUGUCAGAAAACAUUGCAAAAUUCAUAAUAAAAACACUAUAUGACGUC